UUAGCGUUGGUCUAGUAAGAAAAAGGGCAGUUUCGCUCAUCGCACAAGGGAACCACAGCCAGGAGAGGCACGAAACGCACGCUCGAACUCGUGAUUCGCAAUCCUUUUCUUAUAGUUGAAAUCGCUUCGAUUGCGAUUCGGGAUUGGACUAUGCGGCGAUUGGGUUUACUGUCCGGGUUACUGGUAGCGAGUUGCUGUCUCGCUGCCCCACAGAACGGAGCUCCUUCCGGCAGGAGCAGCCUCGACGUCGACGGCUUGCUCACCCAAGUAUUCGAGCCGAACCGUGACGGCGGUCGCCUCGCGAGCUCCACUCCCGAGCCUGGGAGCCUCAAAUACUGGCUUCAGAAGGACCAAGAGGAACGCGAACAGAACAAACAGUUGAGAAUAGAUUACGGCUCGAACGGCGGAACUUAUUUGGGCAGUCAAAAUUCAAAAAACUACGCUCAAGAAGACUGCGAAUGCGUACCCUACUACCAGUGCCAUCCGAAUGGGACAAUCAUCACCGACGGCAAAGGUCUCAUCGACAUAAGAGUUUCUGGCUCGUGCGAGCAUUAUUCGGAUUCCUGCUGCAAGGCCUCCGACAGAAUACCGCCCCAUGACGUGGUAACGCCUGCUCCGAGGCCACGAAACGGUUGCGGACGACGGAAUCCCGAAGGCGUUGGUUUCCUCAUCACCGGCGACCACAACAAUGAAGCCAAGUUCGGCGAAUUCCCGUGGAUGGCUGCCGUUCUGAGGAAAACUAAUGGCAACUCGAGAAAUGGCAGAGAAACGUCCGAGGCCUUUCAAUGCGGUGGCGCACUCGUGCAUCCUCGAGCAGUUCUCACCUCAGCUCACGACGUCAAUGGAAAAAAACCCCAUGAAUUGAAAGUUCGUGCUGGAGAAUGGGACACCCAGACGAAAUUCGAAAUUUAUCCUCACCAGGAUCGAGAUGUCUCGAAAAUUAUCAUCCACGAACAAUUCAACGAGAAAUCGCUUUUCAAUGACUUCGCCAUUCUCAUUCUCUCGCAUCCCUUCAACCUCGGUGAGAAUGUCGACGUUGUUUGUUUACCGGAGCUUCACGAUCGGUUCGACCACUCGCGAUGUUUCGCUACCGGAUGGGGCAAGGGCGUCUUCGGUCAUGCUAGCCUCUACCAAGCGAUAUUGAAAAAAGUCGAGCUUCCAAUCGUCCCCUAUGACGAAUGCCAGACCGCUCUUAGGCGUACUCGUCUGGGUCACCACUUCAACCUCGAUUCGAGCUUCGUCUGUGCCGGUGGCGAAGUUGGGCAAGACACGUGCAGGGGCGACGGCGGCGGUCCCUUGGUGUGUCCUAUUAAGGGUGAUCCGACUCGAUACGCUCAGGCAGGCAUCGUAGCAUGGGGUAUCGGAUGCAAUGACGCCGUUCCUGGCGUAUACGCCAACGUUGCCGGUGCACGCCGAUGGAUCGACGAGAAAAUGGCGUACAACAAUUUAGACACCUUCACGUACUCGUACUGAUCGUAAACGAAAUCGACGAUCUCGAUGCUUUUUACGUAAACUUUGACAGAAGAUUUUAUCGAAAAUUGAAAUAUAGCCUUAGAGUGGAACUGCUUGUGGCAGAACAUCGAACGAUGUUUCGACGAGACAAACAUCUCACGGGUAUCCCAUCCAUUAACCCUAAAAUGUAAAGAAAAUACUUUACGCUAAAACGAAUAAAAGCUUACCUGCACGAUA